AUCAGCGCGCGAGGAUCCUUCCAGGAAGCGCUCCCUGGUUUAGUUUCCACCUGCAGAGCAGCAGGUAGCUACAAGGAGCCAGAGAGUCUCAGGACCGACGCAGUCUCACAGAGAAAGCUGGAGAAAUAUCUUUGUAUUUAGGACAGUCCGGAGAUCAGCGAUGGUUUGUGGGGGAUUUGUUUGCACCAAGAACGGGCUCUGCGCUCUCAAUAUCCUGUAUGUUUUGGUGAGUCUGCUGCUGAUCGGAGUGGCAGCCUGGGGGAAAUGGUUCGGCCUGGUCUCAAGCAUCAGGGUGGUGGCAGGGGUCAUCAGCGUGGGUAUCUUCCUGUUCCUUGUUGCCUUUGUGGGGCUGUGCGGCGCCCUGAAGCACCACCAGGUCCUGCUGUUCUUUUACAUGAUCAUCCUGUUCAUAGUGUUCGUUGUGCAGUUCGCUGUGUCCUGUGCUUGUCUGGCCCUGAAUAAAGACCAGCAGAACCUUCUGCUGGAGGCCGGGUGGAACAAAUCCGAGGCCACUCAACAGGACGUGGAGAAAACACUCGACUGCUGUGGCUUCCAAAGUGUCAACUUCAAUGGCUCCUGUGCUGCUAGCUGCUUUAAGAGCCCUUCACUGUCUUGUGAAACCUGCUCAAGCAUCCUCCAGCACUAUGCAGGGGAGGUGCUACAGUUUGUGGGUGGUCUUGGACUCUUCUUCAGUUUCACAGAGAUCCUUGGAGUUUGGCUCACCCACAGAUACAGAAAUAUCAAAGAUCCUAGAUCAAACCCUGGGGCUUUUCUAUAAUCACUCACAAUUUAAUAAACUGCACUGCUGAAUAAUUCUUUGUCCCCUUAAUUUAGAAAACCACACAUAUCUGUACAUUUAUAUGAUUUAAACUGUAACGUUGGCUAAUUAAUUCCCACUGUCAUUCAAAAUUUUCCAGCAUUAACCACCAUAAGCGUGUCUUUUUCUUUAAUUGCAUAUCUUUAUAAGAAUGGUUUGACAUUUUGGGAAGUACACUUAUUUACUUUAUCACUGAAAGUAAAUGAGAUUGAUACCACUCUGUCUGUAUGGUGAAUAUUUAGCUGGAGCCAGCGGACGGUUAGUUUAGCUAAGCAUAAAGGCUGGAAACAGGGGGAAACUGUUAGCCUGCGGCUCUGUCCAAAGUUCUGUAGCUCAUUUACACAUUAUAGUCUAUCUUGUCUGUUUAAAUAUAGGGUAAAAACUACAAUUUAAGGUUUUACAGUGGGUUAUGUUAUACAAUUUUUUUUCGGCUUGGACCAUUGACUGAACACAAAAUGGCUCAAAACCCGAACCAGUUGACAUACAGUGUUGGCUGUUACUUUUGGACAGAGCCAGGCAAGCAGUUCACUCCUGUUUCCACUCUUUAUGCUAAGCUAAGCUAAGCUAACCGGUUGCUGGCUGUAGCUUCAGACAUAAGAGUGGUAAUAAUCUUUAAGUGAUAGAAGCUCACAGCAGCUGUGUAUGCUCACCACAGACACACACCUUAUGCAAAUACAAUGCUGGUUAUAGCACCAUGAUCGCUGAAUGACUGUAGUCACCACUCCCAGAUGAACUAUUCACAGGUGACCACAUACACUGGUGUGCUCUGCAGGCAGUGGGUUUGGGUGUUGGAUGUCCUAAUAGUAGGAAAAGAUUAAGAUCAAAUCAAAGUAAAACCUGUUGCAUCUGAAUGGAGAGAUAAAUAUUAAACCAAGCUUGUUUUUGUUUUAUUUGUGUAUUUAUUGCUCUUUAAUUUCUAUAAAAAAAAAUCUUAAUGAAUUUAUAAUAAAUCGUGUUGCAUCAUA